AAUGUUCUAAACUUCAGGUAGACGAGCAGCAUAGCUCUGUUCAGAUCCACAAUCCCAUAGCACACCGAAAAGAGAAGAAAAUGAAGGUUUUAGGGAUGGAUUUCGGCUGCGCAACCGGAUCUCUCCGCGACGGUAAAUUCCCCGAUAAAGACUGUUUGCUUCCACUAAUCUCCAAGCUUCUCGGUUACGCCAUCGUUGCCGCCUCCACCACCGUCAAAGUCCCCCAGAUACUGAAAAUUUUGAAGAAUAAAAGCGUGAGAGGGCUUAGUGUUGUAGGGUUUGAGCUUGAAGUGGUUGGUUAUACCAUAGCCCUAGCUUACUGUCUUCACAAAGGCCUUCCUUUUUCUGCUUAUGGAGAAUUGGCUUUUCUUUUGAUCCAAGCUAUAAUUUUAGUUGCUAUUAUCUACUACUUCUCACAACCUGUGCGAACGACUACAUGGAUCAGGGCAUUGCUUUAUUGUGCUCUAGCACCAACUGUUUUAGCCGGUCAAAUUGAGCCGUUUCUUUUUGAAGCUCUCUAUGCGUCCCAACAUGCGAUUUUUCUCUUUGCCAGGAUUCCACAGAUAUGGGAGAACUUUUCUAACAAAAGCACAGGGGAGCUCAGCUUCUUAACAUGCUUCAUGAAUUUUGGUGGUGGUUUGGUGAGAGUUUUUACCAGCAUGCAAGAGAAGGCACCAACAAGUGUUGUUUUGGGCUCCCUACUUGGUAUGAUCACAAAUGGUACCAUCCUCAGUCAGAUAAUUUUCUACCGAAAGCCUGAAACCAAGAAAGAGAAAAAAAUAAACUAAGCGGAGACAGGUGACAUGAGCUUUGCUUCAAUAUAAGACUCAACAGGUGCCUUUGGUGAGCCAUUGUUGCAAGACCUUUAAUAUGUUUUCAAUAUUUGAAGAUGGGAAAGUUGUCAUCCAUCAAUAAGACAAAUCUAUCAGGCGCAGCUGAACUCACAUUUAUGCUAGGGUUGCAAGGAAGCCUGCUUAACCAUGGUCAUGAAUGCACAAGACAAAGGUGGUGGUUAUUAUUUUUCUUCGUUCUUUGUAGUGUAUUAAAGACUAGUAUAAUUAUAUUUUACUCUCUUCGAUAUAUACAUCUUUCAUUUUAGUUGCAUAA